GUACUCUGCUAUCUGCGCAUGCUCCAACGCUUUACUGCUGCGGUCACCUGUCGUUGGAUCCGCAGACACGACCUACAGACAGUUGUGGUUCGAUUCCCUAACAAUAACACACGCCCGGGGCCAGGACAGCGACUGGUAAACACGGCAGGUGCAAAUUUUACAGAGAGGGCUGUUGACGUGAUGCUGGAGAAUCAGGCUGUGGUGCACUGAGUCUCCCAUGGCUGUGAGCACCAUGGACUCGGAGUCAGCCCGGACACCUCAGCCCCAGGCGGCCCUCUCUAAAGGAGGCCGCUCCAUGAUGCCUACUGGGGCUCUGAGUGCUACGCUGGGCCAUCAAGGGAAGCACUAUGUCUGUGGCUCCAUUGCAGCUUUUACCAAUAUCAUGGUGACCUUCCCUAUCCAGAAGGUGCUGUUCCGCCAGCAACUGCACGGUGUGUUGGCCACGGAGGCAGUGCGACAGCUCCAGAGGGAUGGGCUGAGGAAUCUUUACCGGGGCCUGCUGCCCCCACUGCUCCAGAAGAGCACCACGGUGGCCAUCAUGUUUGGCCUGUACGAGGACUUCUCUCGCGUCUUAUUGGACCGGGCUCAAAGCAGUGGAGUGCCGGAGCUGGCCACACGAAGCUUUGCUGCAGCAUUGGCAGGAACCGCAGAGGCCCUCCUGACGCCAUUUGAGCGUGUGCAGACUCUCCUUCAAGACCAUCGGCACCACGGCCGCUUCAACAACACAGCCCACACCUUCCGGACACUUCUGACUGAGUAUGGUGUCAGAGAGUGCUACCGGGGCCUCGUGCCCAUACUCCUCCGUAACAGCCCUAGCAAUGUGCUCUUCUUUGGGCUCCGGGGGCCCAUUAAAGAGCAGCUCCCAGAAGCCACUAGCCGGGUCGGUCACAUGGUGAAUGAUUUUGUGUGUGGAGGGGUGCUGGGGUCCGCCCUGGGCAUCAUGUUCUAUCCAUUAAAUGUGGUGAAGUCCCGGGCCCAGUCUCAGGUUGGUGGACCCUUCCAGUCUUGCAGAAAGGUUCUGCUGACAGUGUGGAGAGAGAGGGGUGGUAGCGUGGCCAUGCUCUACAGAGGGGCUCACCUCAAUUACCACCGAUCAAUCCUCUCCUGGGGGAUCAUCAACGCCACCUAUGAGCUGCUGCUGAAGAUCGUAUGAGAGGGGGAUCGGAGAUGACAGAAGGAAAGACAGAGAACGUACUUAAAGGGAAAUGCGUGUAUGGAGACGUAGAUCCAGUUUGCCAAGAAGAAAAAGGAAGUAGUAAAGUAAAUCCAAUGCACUAGCUGUCCAGCAGUGUUUGUGAGAGACUGGAGUUUCUACAACUAAAAGACAGCAAUGAUGUUGCACUUCUGACCGGGGCCAACACUCAGCGUGAGAUAACCACCUGCCAUUGUGACCAGUCACUGAUUUCAGAGUUUAAACCUAUCGCACUCUGUCGCCUAUAACAAAACCUGUGCCAGGGUCCAAUUGAAAUGCCCUUGUUUGCUCUGUGUACGAACUUUGAUCAGAGCAGACUGAACUCCCGUGCUUUUUCUUUUUCCCACAGUUUCACGCAAAUGUUCCACGACGGGAUAAAGUGUUUGUAAGAGAAGCUGCUUUCUUUCUAUGUGCUGUGUGCUGUGGUGUCUUGUUGACAAUUCCUUCCACCAAGAGCACUUUGUCUAUGAACCUGAAUUCUGCCUCUCAACUCAAACACGUCUUUGCUUCUGGCUAUUAUAAAACCUAAGAAUUGUGUCACGGUAAUACAGUGCGUUACUGUCGGCUGUUGGUGAACUCGUGAGGCCAGUGAGUAUCCGUGAUGUACAUGUUCUUGGAAACCCUGUCCAGGCUGGCCAUUUUAAACUAUUUGUUCUUUUUCACCUCAUUCAUCGAUGUGACAUGUCGGUCUUGUUUAUUUUCCAAAGUGUUACUUCCAGGGAGUGUGUGUUAUUUGAGUUUUGACAAGUGCCCUGUUGAUGUAUACGUCAGUAAAAUUUACAGUUACAUGCAAAUCCUGUCUGUUUCCUGUCAAAUUCUUUGGCAGAGAAUAAAUAAUAUUCACCCGAGAUUCAUCUACUGUAAAUAAUCCCAGUUUAAAUCACCCAAUUUUUUUGUUUGACAAUUCAUAAUUUCUCUUCAAUUUAUUUAUCUUAUGUGAUCGCUCUUAUACAUGGCGUCUCUCCUCUCCCUCUGCUCACCUCUUUAUGUUUCCUCCUCUCACGCUUGCGCUCCUCUCAGUCAGUAACAUCUGUUGACAUAAUGGGCUCAGAUUUCAAGCUUGAGUAGACUUGCAGUCACCACGUGGCAGUGCUCCCUGGGUAUGACAGCCCGAAGAAGAAAGGCAUGCUGCUAGGACACCAAGAGAGACUGAGCGGUAAUGGUGCCGAGAGAAGAGCGGGACAGAGAGCAAUGUUCAGUGGCACAAAAAGCACAAGCUGCCAUGUAAAUGGACCACUUGACCCAUUUCUUCAAUUUCCUUUUUUUUAUUUUGUCCUUCAACAAUCAACUGCAUUUUCUUAGAUCUUUUCAGGAUUUCCUCUUCGAAAGUAACAACCUCAUGUUCGUCUACGUUUUUGAAAGCAGGACACCCCCGCCGGUGCCGAGUUACACUAUUCACCACUUUCCAUGAUACACAGAAUUCACUCACUGUCAAAAUUAAUAACUGCAACCAAAUUAACUGUUCCAAUAAUCAACCUAUUAAAAUGAAAAAAUGAA